GGGUGUCGAACGUUUGGAACUUGGACCCGAUGGCGGCUCGGGUGUUGACGCGGUUCGUGAGCAGGGCUUUACCUCAGGUGUCCGGUGCUAAAGGCGCCGGGGUCCGGAGAACACACCGGUGUUACUGGACCGCCUCCAGGAGGACCGCUGCUGCUCUCACCGGCGGAAGCGUUGCGCUCGUCCUGGGGCUGCCUGCUCUCUCCUGCCUGGGGUAUGAAGCCUUCCACUGGGUGCAGAGUUCAGCCGUGCUCCAUGCAGCAGGAAAAGAGGAGGUUUUGGAGCAGGCCGACUACCUGUACAGCUGUGCAGAUACGGAGAAGCUCUACCAGCUGCUGCUGCAGUACAAAGACAGUGAUGAGGCAGAGGUCCUGUGGAGGCUGGCCCGGGCGUCUCGGGACCUGUCCCUCCUGCCCGACAUGGAGGCCAAGCGAAAGAAGCAGCUGAUAUUCGAGGCCUUUGAAUAUGCCAGGAGGGCAAUGGAGAAAGACGACCAGUGUUUCGCUGCCCACAAAUGGUACGCCGUGUGCCUCAGUGACGUCGGGGAUUACGAGGGAAUCAAAGUGAAAAUCGGGAACUCGUACAUCAUCAGGGAACAUCUAGAGAGGGCCGUAGAGCUCAAUCCCAAAGACGCCACUUCCUUACACAUCUUGGGUUACUGGUGCUUCGCUUUUGCCGAGCUGCCGUGGUAUCAGCGCAAGGUGGCAGCGGCCCUUUUUUCCUCGCCUCCUGUGUCCACCUACGAGGAGGCUUUGGAAUUCUUCCUGAAAGCUGAGGAAGUUGAUCCUGACUUCUACAGUAAAAACCUGCUGAUGCUGGGGAAGACCUACUCGGCCAUGAAGGAUAAGGAGAAAGCUCUGAUGUGGUUAACCAAAGCUAAAGAAUACCCUGCUCACACACUGGAAGACAAAGACGUCCAUAAAGAGGCCGUCGACCUGCUGAAGAGACUAGGAUGACGCAGACCAGGACUGUUAAUAAUUCCUUUACCUCUUAUUAUGAGUAUUGUAGUUAAUUCCCAAUAGAAGAAGAAUAAGUGACCUUGCACACAGGAAUCCCUCAUGCCUUUGAGUAAAUAAGCCAGAGUCUGUAUCUGAUCAAGAAAACUAUCUAUUGUGUUUUAAAGGAAAAUCUGUUUUCACUGGAGGAUGUUUAUUGAGGAGAUAUUUAAUAACCAAACUGUAACAAGAAGCUGUUUUGCCAGUUGGAGUUUGUUUUUACUCUUAUCCCAGACUUGUUUUGUCUAUUUUAACAUUUAAUUAAUUCAUGGUGAAGACUUCAAAUCUACUCGUACUGAAUGUAUUUCCUUGGUCACUGCUUCUUCUGCAACUGAUAAUUUAUAAUUAAAUUAGAGUUAAAGUUUUAACUCUAAAGUGGU